CCAAAAAGCAUUUAUUCAGAAAAAAAAUUGAAAUCAGAAAAAGUAUAUAUGAGAAUACAUACCAGACAUUACACAGAGUAAAUGAGUUUUCCUACUGGAAGUAAGAUAAUUUUAUCUAAGAGAGUAUCAAAUCUUAUCCAAGGGGAAAUUCUUUUGAAGUCUCUAAUGUAGCAAGCUGGGAAUAGGGCUAUGUUUGCAGUUCUACAUGUCAGCCUGUUCCCAAAAUCUUUCUCCUUCAUUGGACCUGAAGACAGGUUGUAAUCCUGCAUCUUCUCUCUCCAUGCUGGAAGCCAGAAGAAUCCAGAUCUUUCUUCUCUCCUCUGUUCCUUAUUCACAUCUGGGGAACGAGUCUCAGACAACUGGCAUUUUGACUCAAGGGUUUUACUAGUUUAAAACAGGAGUCAUUCAAGGCACUGUAAUAAGUAUGACAUUCCAGGAAAAUCCUUAAGGAGGAAACACCAGAAGAGGAAAGAGAAGUCUUGGCUAUGGUCUUAGCACAGGUCUCCUUCCUCUCUUCUCCACCCAGAUUUUGGCCAGAAAAGGAAUAUGGGCAAUCAUUGUAUACAGUAGAAACCAAUGACAUACUUGAUAAAGAUAUAAAUUCAUGACACCAUGAAGUGGCCAGCAAAGAAACUUAAGGCCUAAGCUUAAGGUCCAAGGUAAUUUUUUGAUCAUCCCAUAAAUGGAAGAAAAGGACUUCCAGAAGGAACUGCGAUUUGAUCUCUAAGCUUUGGUACAUUUUCCUUUGCUUCUGUAUAUACUUCUGGGGCUAGGGGUGUUUGUUUUGCACCAACUAAACCGCUGUAGUAAAUGCACAUUUAUAAAAGUCAUUUAUGGCUUGGGUGACUAAAUUAUCUUUCUAAUCUGAUAAUCUUGGGGGGAGCACACUGGUAGGAGCUCUAUCCCAGACUUCUCUGGGGGGUACCCCCGGAAUCCUAAGGGGGGGAUGUAGCUCUGGACAUUCAUCUGUGAGAGGAAUGGAUGUGAUAAGCACCCUCAAAGCUGAGAAGGGAGACAUCUCAACAACAGAGGGCCUCCGGCAAGAACAUAGACAGCAAACAAACAGGACAACCUCGCUUGGGGUCAGCUCUGCGCAUGCUCCGGGAGGACGAGGAAGCGCGCGCUCGAGGGCCAGACGAGCUCGAGACUGAGAGCGCCCGAAGCUACGCAUGCGCGGCGCGGCUCUGCAGUCAUGACCCAGGUGGGCUGGGCCCCGCCACGUUUUUCUACUCCAUUACACCGACACGUGGGACAGGGUGCUUUCCAGGAGGUAUACGAACCGGCCGAAGACACGUUCUUGUUGCUGGAUGCACUGGAGGCACAAGCCGAGGAGCUCAUGGGAAUAGAGAUAUGCCUUGAAAUAGGAUCAGGAUCUGGCAUCGUAUCUGCAUUCCUGGCUUCAAUUAUUGGCCCUCAGGCUUUAUAUAUGUGUACUGAUAUCAACCCAAAAGCAGCUGACUGUACGCUGGAGACAGCACUGUGUAACAAAGUUCACAUUCAGCCAAUAAUUACAGAUUUGGCCAAAGGAUUGUUACCGAGGUUAUUCAAGAAAGUCGAUCUUCUGGUAUUUAACCCACCCUAUGUAGUUACACCUUCUGAAGAGGUAGGAAGUCAUGGAAUAGAGGCAGCUUGGGCUGGUGGCAGAAAUGGCCGAGAAGUCAUGGACAGAUUCUUCCCUUUGGUUGCAGAUCUACUAUCACCAGAAGGAUUUUUCUAUUUAGUUACCAUUAAAGAAAAUAAUCCAGAUGAAAUUAUGGAAACAAUGAAGAAAUACGGUUUACAGGGCAAAAUUGUACUUUCCAGACAAGCAGGACAAGAAAUUCUUUCAGUCCUAAAGUUCAACAAAUAUAUGUAAUGUGAAAUGUUCAGUCACUAGUAUACUUUUAAAGCCAAAGCUAUUCCAAGAGUCAGGUAAAGAUUUGAAGUGUGGUUUUUAAGUGUUGAGAACAAUGUAGGCAAACUAUUUAAGUUAAAUCAGUGCUUUUCAAAAUAAAAUCUAUGGCUUUUCAAGAAAA